AAGCCAUCAAGGAGGAGAUCAGGGUACUCUCGACCCCUGAUCUGAUCGCACGGUCCAACGAGCUGCAGGACCGGAUCCGCUACGUAGCGGACCAUAGUGCGAACUUGAAGGGCAACUUCAAGCGUGACCUUCGCCUAUGCAGCAAGGUGACGAAAGUAGUGAGCGAGGAGCUGCACGCAAGAUCACAAGCUCCAGUCGACGUGCGACAACUAAGGUUGCAUAAUGCAACCUUGGAAAUGAAAACUUCUGAGCAGGAACUCACCAUAGCCUCCCUGAAGACGAUGGUGGAGCAACUGAGGGCACAGGUGGAUCGAAUGAGGGAGCGGCCUCAUCUGACCUCCGUCGAGAACCGAAAAAAGGGAGUGGAACGGGGUAAUGAGGGGACAACCCUUCGGCAGGAGCUCCUCGCCAUGGAGGAGAGAAUUACUAAGCGCGUAACCGGGAUGAUCGAGAGCAUCCUCGAGAAGAACGUGACCGGUAUAAGGGCACCCACGACCUCGGUACGGACUAUCCCCAUCCGAAGUACCCGGUCAGGAGGGAGUGCUCUGACCGCCAGCGGGAAGGGGCCACCGCCAAAGUCCCUGACCUUCGCGGAAUGUGUCAGGCGAGGGCUUGACACAAGGUCCAAGAAGGGAAUGACGACCUCAACGCCAUACGGGACGGACACUGAGGAGGAUGGAGAGUGGAGGAAGGUCUCCAGACGUUCCCGUCCAAGACCCGCUCAGUCCUCGGACCCGGAUGCCACCACCUCCGGCGUAGAAGGCCCAAAGCGGCAAAGCAAGAAGAAGGCCACUAAAAAGGGGAAACCCAAGGUUGGGCGGGUGCCAAAGACGGCGGCGGUGUCGGUCAGCCUGGCGCCAGGGUCAAGAGCGACGAUGACCGACACGAUAAAGGAAGCCAGAGCUAAUAUCGUGUUAGAGGAGAUUGGCAUCGGUCCAGGGGAGCUCAGGCCCAAAAGAGCUAUCACAGGAGCUAUGAUCCUGGAAGUAGUAGGGGAAGAUAACGCCAAGAAGGCUACUGCUCUGGCUACGACGAUGCGUGCACUAUUUGAUGGAAGGGCGGACGUCAAAAUUGCGGUGCCCCAAAAGAUGGCGGAGGUGCGGGUAACCAGAAUAGACGACUCGGUUACCCCACAGGAAAUUGCGUCGGCAAUCGCAGACAAGGGUGAGUGUAGCGUGGAGGAUGUAAAGGUGGGAACCAUAAAGUUCACACCCUAUGGAAUGGGCACGGCAUGGGUGAAAUGCCCUGUCGCCGCCGCGAAGAGGAUAGUAGCACUGGAGCGGCUCAUGGUCGGCUGGUCGGCUACAAUAGUGACCCCACUGGAGGCCAGGCCGCUCCAGUGCUACAAAUGCCUUGAAUUUGGGCACGUUAAGAUACGCUGCCCAAAAGCAGAUGAGGCCCCGGUGCAGAAAUGCUUCCGUUGUGGCAACGAGGGGCACCUCAUAGCGGAGUGUAAAGAAGAGAAACACUCCUGCAUCAUUUGCAAGAGGAGAGGCUACGAGGCGAAUCACCGUAUGGGCGGGCCCUACUGUAGGACCCUGAAAGAGAGUAGGCGUCGUGUUGGAAACACCACCCCUAAAAGGCAGGAGGAGACGGAUAAGGUCUUCAAAAAGCCGACGGGCCCGGCCUUGAAGACUAAGAAACAGAAGCAGAAAGUUAGCCCUCUGGAUACGCUGGACAUAUCGUCCAUUGAUAACGGUGAAUUGUCCAUGGACGUGGAUUUACCAUAA